AGGUUUCUGAGAGGGAGAGAAACACAGAGAGAGAGAGAGAGGAGGAGAGAGAGAGAGGCGUUCAUUUCGCAGGGAGAGAGAGAUACGGAGAGGGAAAACAUCGUUGGAGCAUUGAAAGAAGCGAAAGACUUACUACUGGGUCAAAUUUACAGAUUCUUCAUCUCCCCCAAAAUAAAUAAAAACAAAGUGAGGACUUUGUUCUAAAAAAAAAAAGUUGAAGACGCAGUCAUGACCGGAAUAAGGUUGGGACGCAGAACACCGCUGUGCACCUUGCUCCUCUGGAUAAUUCAAGUUUGCUGUGGCGCUGUAACUGUGAAGGUGACUCCGAAGGUGGAGGCGGACGGAGGAACAACAGCCAAACUGCCCUGUACAUUUUCUGGCACAGCCUUGCCAAGUUUUGUUGUUGGUUGGCACAUUGAGAUUGAUAAUCAAAGAAUAAGAGUGGCCUAUCGUACAAAUUCUGGCGAGCGAAUGAGCGACCCCGGUACUCCUCUGGUUGGUCGAGUCACUCUCGAAGAAGACCUCACCUUGACCAUCAAGUCUGUGAAACCCUCAGAUCCAAACAAAUACUACUGCCAGGUCACUGCCGGCAAGGACGGGUCUGGAGAAGGCGAAACCAUUCUUGAAGUGUUUGUUGCUCCCCAGAAACCAGAAAUCCAAAAACCGUCUCAGGCCAUCUCAGUGACACAACAGUUCAGCUCAGAGGUCGGCACUUGCGAAGCAAAGAAUGGAUUCCCCUCUCCAAGGAUCAUUUGGUUCAAAGACAACCAGCCUCUUCCUGAGAUCAAAGACAGAAGGGAAAAGACCUACAUGAUUCUUUCUACGGUGAAGGAGACUACGGGUCUUUACACCAUAAAGAACACACUGUACAUGCAGCCCACGAAGGCCGACAAGGACUCUACGUUUCAUUGUACUGUGGAGUACAGCCUGGCAGGAGAGAAGAACAAGAACAUCCAGAAGAAGUCUGAACCCAUGAAAAUUGAUCUUAACUAUCCUUUUGAAAACAUUAUGUUUAAUCUGUUCAACCCAACUGUGGUCAAAGAGGGUGAUACUGUCACCCUAAAAUGUGAAACGGAUGGAAACCCACAGCCUGAGUUUGACUUUUCGAAAGAUGAAAAGAAUAUUCCUGGUGCGGACGGUUCUCUGAUACUGAGGAAUGUCAAGCGUACGGAUUCCGGUACAUACAAGUGCUCUACGUACGACUACGACUCAGACGUGAUUGAGAAGUUUAACACCACGGUCCUUACUGUCAACUACAUUGACGAGAUGAGCGUCACUCCCGCUGGGAAUCAGAUUAUCGAUUUGGGAAAGCAGGUUCAGUGGCAGUGUAAGACCAAGGCGUCUAAAAUUCACACCGUGCUGUGGAAGAAGGGCGACGUAGUGCUUUCUCAGGAUGGCACUCUAUCAAUUGCAAGUGUUGCCUAUAAAGAUGCUGGCGAGUACGUGUGUUUUGGCGGCGUUCCAGAAGUCCCGGGACUGACAGCUCAGGCCAGUGUAAACCUGACGGUGAAAGGAAAACCAGAGAUUGACACCCCUCAUGCUGGGGAGGUGGCAAAAGAAGGAGAUGAAUUGACCCUGAAGUGUUCGGCCAACGGUUUUCCCAAACCUCAGUUUACCUGGUCAACCCAAGGAAAGCAGUCUGUCUCAGUGGAAGAGAACAAGGUGGUAGGCUCUCUGACCCUAAAAGCCACUCCUGAGAUCAUAAAGAGCGGUGUGAAGUGCGAGGUCUCCAACGAGUUCGGAAAAGAUAGCAAGGACUUCCCUGUAGCUGUCAAACGAGCAAACACAGCUGAAGUGCUGCUCUCUGGAAACCCUGUGCUUACGUCAGCUGAGAAGCAGCAGGAAGGCUCCAGCGCUGUGGUGAUUGCCGUGGUGGUCUGCGUUCUUCUUCUUCUGCUGCUGGUAGCUUUCAUCUACUGCCUGAGCAAGAAGACCACGAUUUGCGGCGAGAAGGAUAAGAAGGAAGCGGCUGCUACACCGGUGAACAACAUUGUGGUGGAGAUGAAGACGGAAAAGGCCAACGAAGAGGCCGGACUCCUCAACAAAAAGAUGAACACAGAACAGUAAUCAACCCAGAUGAUUAAAUAACUCUGAGGGACGAAGGACAGAAGAGGACAGUUUUGAGGACAGCAGGGCUUUUUUGGUUUCUGAUUUGUGAUUGUGAGGGGGGUGACCUGGGUGGUGCUGGGGAUGUGUGCAUGCUCAUAGCUUCAAGGAUCACCAUGAUUAACUUUGGCUAAGCUUGUUUUCCAACCUGGGCUACAGCAGCUGGGUGGAGAUUUUUACCUUUCUUGCUCAAUAAAAUUGUUUAAAACUCCAUCUAACUCACAGCAUCAAAACAAUUCACACAAAAAAUAAAUUGCUUCACUGGAUAACAUGAUUUUUUAUUUUUUAUUUUUGCAAUCAAAUCAUUUCAUUAACCCAUGGUGUCUUGUUUUGUUUGGCGUCUUAAUUCAGUGAUUAAGCAGUAAGCUUUUCUGUUUUGUAAUAUGUGUUUAAUUUGUUUUCUGUCUGCUGGGGAUAGUGGGAAAAACUAUAAUCUAUUAUCUCACUCACUUCUGUGGAGAAUUUCCUCUCUUAUAAGGUUAUCCUUCAAGCAAACCGUUUCUGUUAAAUCUUUGCUUCAGAGUUUGUAUUUGAUUUGUUUUACAUUAUUGUUGCCAGCUGCUUGUGUUUGGCAUAAAAUUUAUUUUCAAAAUCCAAAACUUUUAAUAGAAUCAGGCCAGGUACUUAAUCACUCUCUCUAGAAUCCCAAAUGGUGUUAAAUUCAUUUGAAAAAACAAUAAACAAGCCAGAAUUUUUGGUUGUACUUUUUUUUUUUUGUGUUUUCAUUUACAUUUAUGUAUAUGAUGUCAGUUUCUGGGAGUUUUGUUGUUUCUGUUUUUGUUUGUUUUACUUUUUGCUUUGCUGUUAUCCUUCCCUGCAAGUUCAGAGAGAGUUUUUCUUGUGAGAGAACAUGGUGAAAUUGGCUCCUACUCUUGUGUUUGAUGUAUCUUGAUAUCUAGGAAGGACUUCAGUCUCGAAUUAAGUGAGUUCUGGUAGCAAGUUGGGAAAAACUGUGGAAUUAGCUUGGAACUAGCGUUAGAUACUAGCUAUUAAAAGUGUGUUUUUUUUCCCUCUAUUUUUAUGCAUGUAAACUUAAAUCUGUUCCCAAAUAGUAGCUGCACUGUUUCAAGUUACAAGCUCUCAAAAGUGAAAGUAAACAGUAAUUCCCACAGCUUCAGCUGUGUUUCAUUUAUGCGCAGCAGCCAUAUUGAAUAUAAGCUCAAGCUGGCUUGGGAUCUUUGACUUUACAAGUGAAACUUCCAAAUUUAAUGAACAUUCAAUUACAUUUUUCAGAUGGGGAACUACAAAUUAUGACAUCAGAAAAAGCUGCUGUGUGACAUCAGAAAAAGCUGCUGUGUUUCAUUUGUUACAAUUAGAGCAUAUUUGGAUGUCCACCUCUCACAUCUUUAUGAUCUCCAUGUUAAACUAUAAAUGGAGUCUUAAACAUUAGCUUUUUUUUCUAUUACAGAAAAAUGGGAUUUUCAGGAGGUGCAGCAGCGCAGUCAUAACGUCACCUGUUAGAAGUAAAACUAGUUUGGAGCACGCAGGGAAGAGAGAAAACAAGAUUUGGGGUUGUUUCUGGAAUAUAUGAGGUGUGUCUUUAUUUUCUAUUUUUUACCAGUUUAAAUGUGGCGACAGACACAUCAGAUUGUCAGUGUUCAGGUACGUAAUUCAGACAUUCUUCUUUCACUGUCAGCAGGCCAGAAAAGGUUGGGUAGCAGGUUGAUUCCAUAUUUUUUUACUUUGUUAUACACUGGAACCAAUUACCUUAAUAGAUUUCCUGAGAAAAGGUCACAUCAAACCACUGUCUGUGGCCAGAAACCUAUUAUUUUAUUUUUUUCAAUGUCAGUUGUAAUUAUUCAGCAGAAAUGAUCGUUGUCCUUGCUUUUUUUUUUGCCAUGUUUUAUAUAAUAAUGUUGUCAUAUAUAAUUUGUUUUUUGUUUUGUUUUUGUUUUGUUUUUCUAGAAAGGGGAUUCUUAAUUUUGGAACUACUGAGUUUUAUUGUUUCCACACUUUUUCCGCUUGCCGAGAAAAGAUAGAAUUGUUUGGGACAUUUUGCGUUACUUUUGAUUUUAUUUUGUCAAAUGAGAUAUUCUCAGUGCUUUACUUCUUUCUCUUUUUAUUGUAUGCUGUAUAUUUUGUGGUACACUGUUUGUGAUCAUUGUGAUGUGUUUUUACUUUUUUUUUUCCAGUUGUUUAGAAUUUAUAAUGAAACAAACAAAAAAAAAAACUCAAGAAAGCCAAUCACACCCCAAUACUCUGUGGUUUUAUUUCUCUCUGAGUUAAUUGUGGUUUUAUAACUAUAGAAACAUUUGUGCAGUAAAACCCACAUGACAUCAUUAUACCUGAAGCACAGAUGCAUCUAAAUAGAUUAAGACCAUGAAUAGACUAAUUACUUUCAAAGUAUCUUACAGAUAUGUGGUUAUUCAUAUUAAUUUUGGGUAUUAAUUUUAACAUUUCUUCCACUUUAAAUGAACCAGAGUUUGUUUCCCCUGUUGGACCAGCACUCUCUUUUUCAGGUGGUCCUGGUCCACUUCCAGACGAACUGGAAGUGGACCAGUUCGCUUCUGGUGUGAAUACACCAGACCGGCCUUGAUACUAACCAACUACAGGAAAUAUACAUCUUUUUGAACUUCAUGAGCUGCUGUGGGUGGGCAUCAUGGUAAAAAUCAGCCCUUCUGUGUUGCCAACACUACUAUUCAAUGUAUUGAUUGUACUGAAAUCGUACCUGAUUCCCAGUUUUCUGCUUAUCGAUGCUGCUGUCACCAUGUUGUAGAUCAGAACACGCAGAGCCUCCGGUCUCAUUCAGCAUGCAGCACACAUUUUUGCAGACACUGUUUCAAAGUUAGGAAAACCACAUUGUAAAAUCUGUGUUGCAUGAGCUGCUCUUGACGUUCAAAAUGAUAUUUAAGUCGCAAUUAGAACACAAACGUGCAUGACAGAAAUGCAGAGUGCAGGAUUUACACAGUUUCUUUUUUCCGUGUGUGUGUUCUCUCCUGCCCACGUAAUUUUAAGUCAAAUGGGAGCAAUGAUGGUCGUCGGUUUUGUUUACAAAUUAUAGUCCGCUUGCAAAAAAGUACAACGUGGGACCAAAAUGCAACAAAAAAAGAAAGCUCGCCAAACUUAUUCCUUCCUUACAACUUUCCAUUAAAAUGCACACUAAAAUACA